CGAGAGUCACACCGACCACUCGACUCUAGAUUCGACGACGGUGACACCCCUAUUCCAACUCCGACGAACACCGCAGCAAGGAAAAAAAGAGAAAAAGAAAAAGAAGCCAAUCGACAAAGAUAGUGGGCGAGAAUUAAAAGGACUAAAAGCGUAAAAAAUAGUAAAGGAGGAACAUUUUUGUUGUUGGGGGCGUAGGGUUUUGAUCGAAGGAGGAGAAUUCAGAGAAGAUGAUAGACUUUGCUCGUGUUCAAAAGGAGCUACAAGAAUGUGGCAGAGAGAAGGACUCUUCGGGCAUUAGAGUCUCUCCAAAAUCAGACAAUCUUGCUCGCUUGACUGGCAUCAUUCCCGGUCCCCUCGGAACUCCCUAUGAAGGCGGUUCCUUUGAAAUCGAUAUCACAUUGCCUGAUGGUUAUCCUUUUGAGCCUCCAAAAAUGAAGUUUGUGACCAAAGUUUGGCACCCAAACAUUAGCAGUCAAAGUGGGGCAAUAUGCUUGGAUAUAUUGAAGGACCAAUGGAGCCCUGCUCUCACCCUUAAGACAGCCCUUCUUUCCAUUCAAGCUUUGCUCUCAGCUCCUGAACCUGAUGAUCCUCAAGAUGCCGUAGUAGCUCAACAGUAUCUUAGAGAGUAUCAGACAUUUUUCAGUACAGCUCGUUACUGGACAGAAAGUUUUGCCAAGGCAUCUUCUUUAGGGGUUGAGGAAAAGGUGCAACAACUCGUGGAAAUGGGUUUUCCUGAUGGUUUGGUGAGAAGUACCCUAGAAGCUGUUGGUGGUGAUGAAAACCUGGCCCUUGAAAAGCUUUUGUCCAGCUGAUCUGUGUGCUGGAGCUGCCAAUUGUUCUACAUCUUUUAGCUAUUCUUCACCUACCUGGUGAACUUGAACACUAUACAAUGACACAAAGGAUUAUAUCUGAAUAUAAGCUGUUUUUGUUUACUAUGAAUUCUAAUUCC